AGUUCGUCAUGUCUGAUACAGCAGACAACUUUUCAGAUAAUGCAAGCAACAAAGAGUUGCUUGAGAAAGCAAAAAAUGAAUUCAAUCGAGAAAAAAGACUGGCCAUCAAAAACUUGCCUUCUAACACAACAGAAAAGGUAUGCAUCUUUUUUGUGGCCAGCAAAUAAAUGAAUUCGGCUCAAAAAUUGGUGGUUGGUGACCUAAAACCAGGGAAAUGCUUGCUUUUCAACUGAAAAUCAAUAAGAGCCCCGCAGCAAAUAUCUGUGCGAUCUAGACUACUUGUAUUAUAUCACAUUUCCAAAAUGGCACAGCAGAUGAAUCUGAGACACUUCCUUUUGGGUUGAAAUAAACGUUCGUUAUUUUGCUCACAGUCAUCAAGAUUAUGGGGGAUGAUACCAUGAUGAUAGCAGGUUACCAGGCAUUUUGGAGCAGUAGUGUCGGGACAUCCGGGCAUUUAUGGGGUUUAAUGGAGAGUUUCCAGUAGAGUCUGUCCAAAUGGUAAAGAAUUUCAAUCAAGCAAUAGUUACCUUAAAAGAUCCGUCCCUGGUAGAUGAUGCCAUCUCCAAGUUGGACAACACAAAGCUGCACACCCUGACAGUAUCUGUAUCCGUGUAUAGAAGUGAGAAGAUUCUAUGUAUUGCUCAGUUACCACUAUCUAUGACAGAAUACAAGUUCCGAGAACUUGUCCUUGAACAUGGAAACAUUGAUAUGUGCUUUCUUAUGAGAUCAGAAGAAACAGGGGAGAGUAAAGGUUAUGGUUUUGUUGAAUACAAUGAACCUAUAGAGAAAGUUGGACAAAUCAAAUGUGCCUUAGACUGGUCUGUUGUUGAUGGUCAUACAGUCCAUUGUGAUGCUAUAGUAGACAGUUCACAGUCUGGUAUAACCUUCCAGGACUUACAUUCCAAAUGCCUGAUAAUUGACAACUUGCCAAAGGACUACAACGAUUCUAUUGCAUUGAGACAAGUGUUCAGUGAAUUUGUCAAGCCAGUUUAUUGCCAGAUAGUAACGAAGGAAGGGGAGUCACUUGGCUUUGGUAUCCUGGAAUAUGACGAUGCAGAAGAUGCUGAGGGAUCUUUCAAUGAAUUCAACAAACACGAAUUAAAUGGAGUGCCAAUGAAUAUCUCAUAUUGUAUACCCGGAAAAUCAGCAAUACAUAUGUUCAACAGAAUUAUGUUCAAAUAUGGAGACAAAGUACAUGUAAAUAGAGCCAGUCUUCUACCUGAUCCAGUCUAUCCUAAUCCGGCCUUCCUUAAACAUGUCUUCUUCAAGACUCAUGUUGCUAAACAUCCUAGGUUAUUGGUACAGUUCACAGAUAACUUGUUGCAUUUACAAGAAGGUUAUGUGAAACAGCUUGAAGACAGAACUAAUGCUAAACCAGGACUAUUGGGGCCAGCACCAACCAUUCCAAUGUCACCUUUGAUGGAUAUCAACCUACAGUUAGGCCUUCUCUCAGUGAUUGUACUGGACAUGCGGGAGAAUGGUACUUACAAUGGAGAGGUGCCUGAGCCACUUGGUAAGGUGAAAAUACCAACAGAUGAAGAAUUUCAGGAGAAGCCUCAGCCAGUAUCUCUGUUAGGUGACCCAAUGACAGCACAAGCUAACAUCAUACUGAAGAAUCUACUGAUGCCUCAAGACAAGCCAGAGUUUCACAAACCCUCAGCUGAUGAGACCACACCUAAACUGCUUGGGAAACCAGUGUAUGAAUUCAACAUGGUAUACUUGUGCAGCCUGGGAAGACUGAUGGCAAUGCUAUCGGAAAAGACUCAGUCAAUGGGAAUAUUAGGUAAUGCACCGAGUGGGCCGCCAAAGCCUUUAAUGGAAGGUUUGAUGCAGGCUGGUAAAGUGGCUCAGACACUCCUUCACAACAUGGGUAUGAGUCAGCAAAAUCCACAGAAUAAGUUUACCAGGAACCAGAGAGAGCAGAACCAACAAGGUCUCCUUGGUAACCCACCAAACAUGAAUACAAAUACAGCUAAAGCAGCCUCAAAUUUUAUGAACACGAUACAACAGUUAGCCAUCCAGAAGAUGUCACACAGUGGAAAUAAACAGGAUCUCAACUCUCUGUUUGGUAACACAGGAAACAUGAAUAACAGCAGUAACUCUGGAGAUGGGUUGUUAGGCAGCUAUCAAGGUCAAGGACAAGGUCGUCUACCAAGCUUGUUAGAGAAUCAGAUGCCUGACCAGUCACAACAAGGGAAACAACCCCAGUCUUUACUGUCCCUGAACUUCAACAGUAAAGGCGAUGGAUUAAUACCCACACCAAAAAUGGAGGAUGAGGCUGGGUUUGGUUUCUAUGUCAACCAAGGAGGAAGUUACGAUGAUUCAGGAUAUCAGACUUCCUUUUCAUUACAGGGUGGUUUUGAUGAAGCAGACUAUAGUGAAGCAUAUGGAGACCCAAUGAGUAACAUUGAUGAUAGAAAUAAUGGUUGCUAUGGUAACAUGAUGGGACAAAAUUUUUCAGCACGGAAACUCAUGGAACAAGACUUAGAUGUCACUGCCAACUCAAAUAGGUUUGAUGGAGCUUAUUUUUCUGGGAUAAAUGCAAGGCAGAAGACUGGCUUGGGUCCUGGCAUGAAUAGAAUGUCAGAUAAAAGGGAUGGUCACUACAACAAUAUAGCACAGCAGGCAGCAUUUUAUGCUGCUGGAGCUGCAGCGGCUUAUAAACAACAGUAUGAGGACUGGGUACAGUCUGGGUACAAUGGUAACUAUGGUAACAAUGGUGCUGAUUAUAAUGCAGACAAUGGCUUUAACAUAAAUGGAGGACAAGGAAACUUUGGACAGGAUAUGUCAGGGUCACAUGGAAACCAGCAGACAGGAUUAUAUGGUAGUGAAGGAGGACUUGGACAGAUGGGAAACUCUUCUGGUAUGAACAGUUUACUCGGCUCAUUUAAUAACUCACAGCAGUUUGGGUCAUCAAAAAAUACUCAGAGGAAUGAACUAGCAAUGAAAUCGGGAGCAUCAAGUUUAGCCAGUUCAUUUGGAAGGGAUGGGGCAGUGAGGUCAAGUUUUACUGGUUCCAGUGGUAGAGGUGGGAACAUGACGCCUGGUGGUGUAACAAGGUCAGGAGUCCGGAGCCUUAUGGGACCACCCUCUAUACCACCACUUCAGAGCAUUCCAACGUGGAGCUCGGGAAUAGCACAGUCUAGCACAGCCACUCCACAAGGUCAGAAAAGACCAUUUUCUCAUAUAUUACCAUCACCGGAGCCAAGUCCAGAAGGAGAUUAUAUAGGUCAACAUUCACAGGGGCUUGGCGGGCAUUAUGCUGAUACAUACACUAAACGACAAAAAUUGACUGGAAGGUUUUAGCUUUCAGACUGGUGUAUAUUUGUUGGGAUAUUCCUAGAAGAUUCCCUCUGAUAUUACAUGUGUUUGAAACCCAGAGUGAAGGAAAGCUUAAAGUGUAAAUGAUAAAUAUUUGAGAAACUGUUAAAAUAUGUGCGUGAAAUAUUGCAGAUAUUUACCUAAGUUGAGAUUAAGUAAAGGCUUCCUGUAUAGGAUUUGAGUUGUUGCUGAAAUUGUCCAUGUAUUCUGAUGAUUAUCGGAUACCAGCGCAUGUUGUGGACAGUGAUUGUGCUUAAAUGUCUGAUCUUGCCAGACUUUAUUAUUUGCGGUUUUUGUAUUGUUUCUAGUAUCAUGUAAAGAGGGUAUAGCAGAAUUUCACAAACAUCCUAAAUUUUAGAGUAGUAGAUACAUUUCACAUUACUAAGACAUUUUCUUUGUUUUUCUGUCAGCAAUUUAUAAUUACAGUCUAACCUGUACUAACGGUCACCUCCGAUUAGCGGUCACCUCCGUUCAGCGGCCAUUUUAUGACGCCCCCGACGGAUUUUCCUCUAUUUUAUCACUUUAUUCAGCGGCCGUCCGCGGCCAGCGGCCUCCGAAAUUGCCUCCCGACCGCCGUAUCUGACCCCUUUCAGCGGCCAUUUUUCUUCCAAAACCAAUUAUUUUUAGGCAAUAAUCGCCGAAGAUACCCGAUUUUGAGAAGCACGUGGUUGCUAAGUUUCGCGGGACUUCACCACAAGAACGACAAAAUGACAUGAACUUCUCAGUUAAAACUGAUAACCAAAGGUGUAAUCCUCUUUUGUUAUGAUCAAAUGGCCAGUAAUUACCGGUAAUUAGCGUGUCACCUCGUGUCAAUUUUGUUGUUCACAGUUUGACCUCGGUUAAAGAUAAUACUCGAUAACUAGUUAGUUGCAUAAUAUUUGUGAUUUUUUUAUACUUCUGUCAUCAAAAUACUAUUAAAUUUAUACGAAAUUAAUUGUGUUUGGAAAAAAAUAUAAACCACUCUAUCUUUUACGGAACGUAACGUUAAUCUUAGAUUUAGCGUAGACAAUAAGCACCAAGAGUAGCUUCCCUUACCAAAAUGGCGAAAAUUGUAAACAAACUUGUUUUGAAGUUGGAAAAUUGUCUGUAACAAUUUUUGUAGUAAAAAAAAACACGCCGGAGUUUUAGAUUGCUAAGAAGACCAUUUGUGUUGCGAAGGCAAAUGCACGUCAUUGUAUCCUGGUAAAAUAAUAAUGGAAAACCCAAAAAGAAACGGACCUAAAGGCUAUAGACUGGUCAGAAGUCUGAAAAAUACAUAUACUGGCUGCACCUCCGGUCAGCGGUCACCUGGCUUUAGCGGCCAAAUUGUCUGCUUCCCUUGGCUGGCUGCUUAAGACAGGUUAGACUGUAAGUUGAUUUUAUUUGGAAAUUCUUUGUUUUUGAUACUGUUAAGAUUUAUUGCUUGUUGAAACAUAGUAUGUUUUCAUUUUAUAUCAAAUUAGCUUCCAUGAAAAAAUACCAAUGUUAUUUAUGUACUGGUAUAAAUUGAAUAUUUCUGAAUCAGAUAUUCCUUUGAUACAUCAGUAGCGCUUUACACAUAAUUGAGCCGUGCCAUGGGAAAACCAACAUAGUGGCUUUGCGACCAGCAUGGAUCCAGACCAGCCUACUCAUCCGCGCAGUCUGGUCAGAAUCCAUACUGUUCGCUAACAGUUUCUCUAAUUGCAAUAGACUUUGAAAGCGAACAGCAUGGAUCCUGACCAGUCUGCGCGGAUGGUCUCAAAGCCACUAUGUUGGUUUUCUCAUGGCGCGGCUCAAUUUAUUAUCAUGCAAGGGCUAGUAAAUGCAUUAAACGCCGCUAAAUGUUUAAUAGCUAAUUCUAGCUUUACUUUUCAAGAAAUAAGAUAAGAUAAGAUAAGAUUUAUAUAAAGUCGGCAAGAUAGCAAACAAGUACAACAUAAGCUCAUGUGAGCUUUUGAACCGACUACAGACAAAUAGUGUGAGCUAUUAGAACUACUUACCCAAUUGUUGUUUUAGUUUAAGUGUCACACCUUGUUUAAAGUUGUGCGUGAAAGGUCAUAUCACAGGAACUAGUUUGUAUACUUAAUUGAAAGUUCACACAAGACAUCCUACUCAUCAGAUCUACUACAGUAACAAGUUAGAUAACUCUUGGUUGAAUUUAAUUGAAAUAUGGCACAUUGUAAAAGUUUUGGGUAAAAAUUUUGUUAACUUUCUGUCAAGCUAUAGCAACACGGCUACAUAAUAUUGGAUUGAAAGUUACAUAAAGUAUCCUUCUUGUCAAAUGUACUUAUGUAACUAAAAGAACUAACUCUUGGUAAAAAUUAAUUUAAAUUUUGGCACUUAUUUGACUUAGAAAAUUGUGUCAAAGUUUGCAUACAGGCUGUUACCAUUGUCAUAAUAAAAUUUAAAAUAGAAGCUAGAUAAAUGAUAAAAUAAAAUUUAAUAAAUUGGUUUGGUAAGUCUUGCCUGACCUUUAUGAGAUUGUUGACCCUUGCUGAAUAUUGAAAUUCUCAAAUAGUCAAACAGGCAGUCCUGUGGACAGCUUUUGUUAAUUGAGUGUAAUGGUAAGAACAAGUGGGUAUUUUUGAUCUGUUUUUUCCUUGAAAUAUUUGUGCUAAGAUUUGAAAUAUAUUUUCCUAGAAAUCUUGUUAUAUAUUGUAAGCUUGUUUAUUUUUAGCUCGACUAUUCAUAGAAUAGUGAGCUAUUGCACUCGCCCAUGCGUCGGCGUCGGCGUCUGCGUCGCGUCCGCGUCCUGAUUUUGGUUAAGGUUUUGUAUGUAAGCUGGUAUCUCAGUAACCACUUGUGGGAAUGGAUUGAAACUUCACACACUUAUUGACUGUGACAAACUGACUUACACUACACAGGUUCCAUAACUCUAUUUUGCUUUUUUACAAAAUUAUGCCCCUUUUUCGACUUAGAAAUUUUUGGUUAAGGUUUUGUAUGUAAGCUGGUAACUCAGUAACCACUUGUGGGAAUGGAUUGAAACUUCACACACUUAUUCACUGUGAUGAACUGAUCUACAUUGCACAGGUUCCAUAACUCUAUUUUGCUUUUUUACAAAAUUAUGCCCCUUUUUCGACUUAGAAAUUUUUGGUUAAGGUUUUGUAUCUAAGCUGGUAUCUCAGUAGUUACUGAUGGGAAUGGAUUGAAACUUCACAUACUUGUUCACUAUCAUGAUUUGACAUGCACUAAGCAAGUCUCAUAACUUUACUCUCUUUUUUUUCAAAAUUAUGCCCCUUUUUCGACUUAGCAGUUUUUGGUUAAAUUUUUGUAUGUAAUCUGAUAUCUCAGUAUCCACUAAUUGGAAUGGAUUGAAACUUCACACACUUGUUCACUGUCAUGAUCUAACAUGCACUGUGAAGGUCCCAUAACUCUACUUGGCAUUUUUACAAAAUUAUGCCCCUUUGACUUAGCACUUUUUUGUUAAGUUUUUGUAUGUAAGCUGGUAUCUCAGUAUCCACAAAUUGGAAAGGAUUGAAACUUCACACACUUGUUCACUGUCAUGAUAUGACAUGCAGUACAGAGGUUCAAUACCUCUACUUUGCAUUUUACAAAAUUAUGCCCCUUUUUCAACUUGUAUUCAUUCAAUUGACAAGGCUGUUGAAUAGUCGAGCGUUGCUGUCCUCCGACAGCUCUUGUUUACCAGUUGUAGUUGGUUGCCAUAUUAUUGUCAAAAUUAGGAUGAUAUUUUGUGUAUCUUUGUCUUGCAUUUUCUUAAUGUUUAUUGAUCAUUAAGAAAUUGCUAGCUUUAAAAUAAAACAGAGGGAAAAGCCUUUUCUAGAUUUAGCGAAUUCGGUGUUUUAGGGUCUCCAUGCUACAGGGAAAUUUGGAAAAUUCCUUGAUUUUUAAAAUUAUAUUUCAAGGUCUGAAAAGUCCUUGAAUUUUGUAGAGAGCAUAAAACUGGGGAAAAGUCAGAAAUGGUCUUCCAUCAGUGAAGGUUUUUCAGCAUUGCUAAGGUUCGCUUUCCCAAGUCUCCGUGGGUCAUUUUUCCCAAAUCAUAUAUACUGGCUGAGAUAGUCUUUAUUUUACUGGAUUUGUUUUUCCUUUUCUGAAAUUACUAUGUAAAAACUGUACUGCAUUUUUAACAAAGAAUCGGAAGCAAAUAGAAUUAAUUAUUGAGUAUACAUAACUAAGUAAAUGCAUGUGAUACUGUAAACAAAUGUAAAUUAAAAUUUACUGACAUAAUUUCCUAUUGAUAUUGUCAUUUUUGAAUAACUAAAGUGAGAAUAAUUCCAGACUUGACUAGAUUUAUCUUCUAAACUCCAAUGAAAAUUCCCAGCAGAAAGAAAGGGUAAUGGUUAUUUCAUUUUUAGAGAAAUAGAGUCUGGCUAACCAUUAGGAACAAAAAACCUUUAUUAGUUAUUUCUGCUAGUUUAUAUGUAUUUUAAUAAAUUAUCCUUGAAAAGUUCUUGAAUUGUGUUGCCACAGAAGAGUGGAAACCCUGUGUUUUCAUUGGUGAAUAUUGUACCUUGACAUGUUUAUUCUUUAGGUUGAAAUUUUAGGACUGGGGACAAAUUGGUUGUAACUAUGUUAAAAUAUGAUAAUCCCUUUUUACAUUUCUAAGAUAUAUUUGAGUUAUAUAAACUUGAAUUUAACUUCCUUCUUUCAUGUAAAAAAGAUUUCUUUGAGCCAGGAGUAAUUAGUUAUCAAGUACACUGAAUUUAGAGUUGUUCCUAAUCAUAUCUUAAAUUGUUGUAGAAACAUGCUUACCAUAUACUGAUUACAAGUUGUCACCUAAGAGUGGAACCAUUGCAACGGCUUAAUCCUUUUCCAGUCAAAAAACACCCCAAACUCUGCAUAUCACUUAACGAGCAAACUGGCAAAUCCAGCCCUAUCUUAAAAGAACGUUCCUCUCGAACGGAUAGAUGUUAUUUUUAAUUAUUUUGCGAUUUUUAUUAUCACAUUUCAGUGGUUUAAACGGAAUUUUCCUUGCAAUACUAAAUGAAGAUCCUGUUUUAAAAAAACUAACAUUGAUACAGAAAUAUAAGGAAUACAAUGAAAUGUGUGGGAUUCAAAAUUGUGGAUAGUGCUAGUGAAUUUAGAGGAUUUUUAUUGAGAUGAUAUUCAUAAAAUUCCACAUAGGGAUUCCAGCGUUGAAAUUCUGUGUUCUUUGCAAGAUGAAUGUUUGAGCGUUGAAAAAUAUCUAUGGUAAACUGAAAACAACUUAGAUAUUAACAGCCAUCUUGGUGACUUGCAACAGUUAAAAAUAUAUGAAAUAUAUAUUAUGACGGCAAAGUUUAGAGGAUUUUACAUAUGAAAGUGGACAUGAUUUCAAAGGAAGUUAAUGUAAAUAUUUUGGUAUGACUUUAAUACAUACUUUAACAAAACUGCUGCAGAAACGAACAUGUAUCACUGGGUGAUCGCUGUGCAAAAGUCUAAGCAUUUGAAAUGACUCAAAUAUAGAAACAACUAUAAGAUGUAAUAAGUCAUCUUUUUCUGUUGUAACUGUAUUGUGUUUUCCUGUUUAAUAGUUAUUUGUAAAAUUGCUGGCAAUAUCUCGGCAUUUGAUAAUGAAAUAAAACAAAAUGUAGAGCUUUUAAAUUGAAAUGUAAUGUAUUUUACCUUGUUGCAUUUUUAAACAUUUUGUAAACACAAAAAUAUACUAAAAUUUGUAAUCAAUUAGUGUAAAGUAAUGAAAAUUUUAUUUAUAUAUAUGCUCUUGUAGAGAAUGGACAUAGAAAUUUUCUAAAAUUGGAUAAAGUAUUAAUUAUUCAAAGAUAAUUAGUAAAUGUAUCUAUAAUACUGUGUUUAAUUGAAUAAACAACCAAGAGCAAAUUAUGUGAAUAUCGAGUAAGUGUCAAUGACUGAAUUAGUUAAUGCCAAAUUAUACAUGAUACCCAGCUGAGAUCAUUGCAGAUGCCAUCAUCUGUAAGAAUGUAUCUUCGUCUCUCAUUCUGUGUAGGUAUAUUCAAGUUUUUUGUACGCACUGUGUUUUAGGAGAACUCUUACCAUUAUACUAUGAAAAUCUCAGCCAAGAGACUGUUCUGCUAGCAGUGUGUCAUAAUGACAGUAGAUAUUCAGCUGGGUACUGAUUGGAAAAGGAUUAAGAAAAGUUACAAAAUCUUCCAGAAAUGUAUGGAUUUAAGAAAGCUCAUGUCUUUGACCAGUAAUUAUUGUGUUUUUAGUUGUUUGUAAAAGAUAGAUGUUUUAUCAGCCUGCUUGAAAUUAUGGCCUACUGUCAGACUUUGCUCAUGUUUGUGCCAGAUAUUCUAUAUUUAAAAUAGUUUUAUUAAGAAAUAUUUUGUUGUUGUUUAAGGCAUUUAGUUAAACAUCUCCAGUAUAAAACAUGUUAGCUAUACAGCUGAAAUACAUUUAUUUGAUAUGA